AUGGGUAUCAUGUGUUGUAUUAAUUAUAAUCCUGUGUUAGCACAAAGGCAAUUUGGGCGUCCUAUGAGAGGAUCACCUACACCUGCAUCUCUUGCCAUAUUGCAGAUCUAUUAUGAGGAAGGAACCUUUGUUGAAGUGCUUCAUCAAGUUAGGAAUGCUUGGGGCAACAUUGUUCGUGCGGAAAGGGACCCCAGACCAUGGACUAUUGAUGAAGGAAUUCCUUAUAGUCAUUGGAUUGCAGAGAGGGUUAGGACAGUGAAGUUGCCUUUCAAGUUAAUUUCUCCUAACUUGGAUUGUGAAAAGCGGUUUCAUGAGGUUGAAAGUGAGGAGGUACAACUAUUGAAGGAAGAAUUAGAGCGAAUGAAACUAGAAAAUAUCAAGUUGACCAGUAAUCUUCACAACCUACAACAUGAUUAUGUGAAUCUUAAGCAAGAUAGUGUGGAAAACAGCGAAGCAUACAAGGAGUUGUUAAGAAGACAAAAGCAAGAGCUGGUAGCGGCUAACAUUGAGCUAACCUUGAAAGACCAGGAAUAUGGUAUAAUUGAGAUAUCAGAGCGUGUUACGAAGCAAUUGUGUGACCAAUUCAAGAGGGACAAGCAAAAAGCACUAAAGGAGCUGCACAAAAUGCAUAUUAGAAUGGACGACGCCGAACAACAAGCGAAAGCAGCGGUGACAAAACUGAAGAAGGUAUGUUGGCAUCGGGCUGAAUCAGAAAAGAAACAUCAAGAGUUGAUGAAUCAGAUGAAGGAGUAUAGCGUUGAACAAGGGCGAGUUAUAGAGAAUUGGAAGAGAAGUUUCUCACAGCUAGCUUCCCUUGCUAAUGAAGCCAUUAAGGAUGUCCCUAAGUUAUUAUCUGAUGCUGAGUCUGCAAUGUCGAUCUUUAACCCACCUAAGAAGGUUGAAACUUUCCUCAAUUACUGCAAGAAACUGAUGAGAGAAAUAAGGAAUCUGAUAGCUAAAGCUCAUGAUAGUUGA